CUAGUUCUGCUGAAGCUUCUGCUUACCGCUCAAUUCUGGUAUUCCCUGGUGCAGGUAAGCGUGGGUCUGCGUCGUCUUGGCCGUGGUUUCGCCUUAGCUGCGUUGAAUUUGAGCUCUGGCUUGAGUGGAUUUGCAUUCGGAUGUCGCCUUUUAGCAAAAUGCAUUCAGCUGCGGUUUCAGACUGGCGGCCAGCGUCGGCACCGAGCACCAUUACCGCAUUUUCGUCCAGGAGCACUUCUUAUUCCACAAGAUAUCCUGGGUCUCCUUUUGUUUCAACUCACCAGUACAGAAAUACAUCGAGAUCUUAUGGACCGACGUUUCGAUUAAAAGGCGCACACGGAAACAAGCAACGGAUUCACCUCAAAACGAAGGCUGUGUUUAGGUUACCAGGUCUUUUCACGCGAUACUUAUCAGGUUUUUCUAGGAGUGAAAUUCUAGGCAAGCAGCUAGGGCAAGUUCUACCGCAGGGCUGGAGGAAAAGUUUGAAAAAGUUACAGGUUCCGGUUGCUCUUCAGCAAUUUGAGAACGAAGACAAUGACGCACGAAGUUUCGCUCCAGAAUUAAAGACCAAAUCUAUCGAGAUUGACUCGCUACCACCUUUUGUCCGAGACAGUACCAUGAAAGCAGUAGACGAUCUUGGAAGGCGAGUAACAGUAGGGGAUGUCGCGUCGCGUGCUGGGUUGAAGCUCACGCAAGCAGAAACUGCAUUACAAGCCCUUGCAGCAGACUCUGGAGGGUUUUUAGAGGUUUCAGAUGAAGGUGAUGUGCUGUACGUACUGCCCAAAGACUAUCGAGCUAAUCUUACUAGCAAGUCUUUGAGAUUGAAGUACGAACCCCUACUAGAAAAACUCAAGGCUUUAGCAGAAUAUGCGAUUCGAGUUUCUUUUGGAACUGCUCUGCUUGCAUCGAUUGUCAUUGUUUACAGUACGAUACUUGUCAUUCUCUCUUCUGGCAGAAGUGACGAUGACAAUCGAGGUAAUCGAGGUGGUUAUCAAAAUCAACGGUACAACAAUCCAGGGUUCUCUAUGUAUAUCAGUCCCGCUGAUCUAUUCUGGUAUUGGAACCCAAAUUAUUACAGAAGCAGGAGACCUUCCAAACGGGGUGGUGGCAUGAAUUUUUUUGAGAAUGUGUUUUCUUUUGUAUUUGGGGAUGGUGAUCCAAAUGAAGGCCUUGAGGAAGUUCGAUGGAGAGCGAUUGGAGAUACAAUAACCAGCAAAGGAGGCGUAGUUUCAGCUGAAGAACUUGCUCCAUUCUUGGAUGUACCACCAUACAGUGAGGAGACAAAGGGAGACGAAUCAUAUGUAUUGCCCGUUUUGCUUCGUUUUGAUGGUCAUCCCGAAGUUGAUGAACAGGGAAACAUCCUUUAUCGGUUCCCCUCACUGCAGCGAACAGCAGUAGACUGGCUUGGUCGGAGAAAGGAGGCACCAAAAGGAGGCUCAGACCUAUAUUACUUCCAGGAAAACCAAUGGGCUUUUAGCAAAGCAAGAAAGGUGGAACAGGCUUUAGUAAUCGGGCUGGGAUGCCUCAACCUUGCCGGUGUUGUUAUUUUAAGCAGUAUGCUCCGUGACUACUCUUUUAUUCAAUCUUUUCGUGGAAGUGGCUUGAUUCCAUUUGCUUUCAAAGCUCUACCCUUUUUACAGGCGUACACGGCGUCUUUCUUUGCAAUCCCGGCAUUUAGGUGGUUCCUACUGCAGAGACGUAAUGCCCAGAUAGAGCAACGAAACAACGCUAGAUUGGGUUGGUUGGCUGCCUUGGAUAGGGCAGGUGCUGAGCUUCGUCAGAAGCUGAAAAGUGCGAGAGAUUCUGCUAAGCGGACUGUGCUAGGACGCGAUCGUAUCAUCUAUUCUACAGAGACAGAUAUAUCGACGCAAGACUACGAGGCUAAGGACUGGGAACAGCGACUUAAGGAACGGAAAUAAGGUUUUUCUGUUUUGUAGUACUUGUUUGCUAGUGAAUUCAGAUUCAAUGACGUCAAUGUAAUUUAAUUUUUAAUUUAAAAAAAAUUGGUACAGUAUGCCCUUCUUUUA